AUGCCGCCGGCGCCCGUGCUUUGCGGGAGCUGCGGGACUCAGCGCGCCGCACUGCGGCGCCCCAAGACCGGCCAAGCGCUGUGCCGGAGCUGCUUCGCGGCCGCCUUCGAGGCGGAGGUGCACGACACCAUCGUGACGGCGCGGCUUUUCCAGCCGGGCGAGACGGUGGCCAUCGGGGCGUCGGGCGGGAAGGAUUCCACGGUGCUGGCGCACGUGCUGCGCCUGCUGAACGAGCGCCACGGCUACGGUCUGCGCCUGUUGCUGCUCUCCGUGGACGAGGGCAUCGCGGGCUACCGGGACGACUCGCUAGCCGCCGUCCAGCGCAACCGGGGCCGCCUGGGCCUGCCCCUGCACGUGGUCUCUUACCAGGAGCUCUACGGCUGGAGCAUGGACCGCAUCGUCCAGCACACCGGCUCCAGGAACAAUUGCACCUUCUGCGGCGUCUUCCGGAGGCAGGCGCUGGACCGGGGCGCCGUCUUGUUAGGGGCGGACAAGAUCGCCACAGGCCAUAACGCUGAUGACGUGGCCGAGACAAUCUUGAUGAAUUUCCUGCGGGGUGACGUUGGCCGGCUUCAGCGCUGCGCUGAAAUCCUGACGGGCGGCGAGGGAACCCUGCCUCGCUGCAAGCCGCUGAAGCACGCUUACGAAAAAGAGAUCGUGCUUUAUGCCUACUUCCAGGGCUUGGACUACUUCAGCACUGAGUGUGUGUAUGCCCCCAAUGCCUACCGGGGCCAUGUCCGUGCCCUGCUGAAAGAUCUGGAAGCUAUCCGACCCAGCUCAGUGGCUGACCUGGUGCACUCGGGAGAGCGUCUGGCUGUCCGCAAGGACAUUCGCUUGCCCGUCCAGGGCACCUGCCGGCGGUGCGGCUACUUCUCCAGCCAGCCCCUUUGCAAAGCUUGUGUGCUGCUGGAGGGGCUCAACCGUGGACUCCCUAAGCUGGCCAUUGGCAAAACCAACCGCCUGCAGAAGGCUUUGUUGGAGGGGGAAAAGCAAGAGGCUGGUUUAGAAACAGAGGAGAACUCAAGGAAAGCAAACCGAAUUGGAAGGACAAUAGACUUCUGAAUGCCCCUUUUUUAUGCCCUCAUUUCCUGGUCAGGU